AUGAAUUGGAUUUACCAUGGAGAAUCUCCAAUUGCUACUAACCAUGCCAACUCUGAAAUAGAAACCGAAGUUGAUUUAAAUGUCCAAGAUGAUAUGUUUGAAAUGCUGCAUGAAGCUAUGGGCAUUCCAAAUAUGGGUGAAACUGAUGAUCCUCCAUCAGAUGCUCCCCAAGUUGGCCCAAAUCAAACUACUUCUCAUUUUUUAAAGCUGUUGGAAGGUGCACAACUUCCACUAUAUCCGGGCUGUAAACGCUUUACUGCGUUAUCAUUCAUUGUUCGAAUGAUGCAUAAUAAAGUGUUACAUGGAUGGUCAGAUAAAUCAUUCACCGGGUUACUCAAGAACUUGGCUAGUGCUUUCCCAGAGGGUGUGUUACUUCCCAAGUCCUACUAUGAGGCUAGAAAGAUAACAAAAGAUUUAGGUUUCACCUAUCAAACUUGGGAUGCAUGUAGGAACAACUGCAUGUUGUUCCGAAAUGAUGACAUAAACCUUGAUGAAUGUAAAGUAUGCAAGAAGUCUAGAUGGGAAGACAAAAAAGACUCUACAGCUGAUGUUGGAACUAGCAAAUCUAAAAAAAAAGCAGUAAAACAAGUUAGAUACUUUCCUCUGAAGCCACGGUUGAAAAGGCUGUUUAUGUCAUCAAAAACAGCAAAACUGAUGAGAUGGCAUGCAGAAGAGAGAGAAAAUGAUGGUGUUUUUAGGCAUCCUGCCGACUCUAUGGCUUGGAAAGACUUUGAUACUAAGAAUUCUGACUUUUCUAAUGAGAUUCGAAAUGUGAGGCUUGGGUUAGCAUCUGAUGGGUUCAACCCAUUUAGGACAAUGAAUAUAGUUCAUAGCACUUGGCCGGUGAUUGUGUUUCCCUAUAACUUACCUCCUUCAUUGUGCAUGAAGCAGCCAUUUCUAUUUUUGUCACUGCUUAUUGAUGGUCCUAAAGGACCAGGUGACAAGAUUGAUGUUUACUUGCAACCAUUGAUAGAAGAGUUGCUAGAAUUAUGGGAGAGAGGUGUAGAAACAUGGGAUGCAUCAAGCAAUGAAAUGUUUACAUUGCAUGCUUCCUUAUUGUGGACUAUUAAUGAUUUCCCGGCCUAUGCAAAUCUGUCCGGGUGGAGUACAAAAGGUCAGUAUGCUUGUCCAUGUUGCAACUCAGAAAUUGACUCUUGUUGGUUGAGUAAUGGUAAGAAGCAUUCUUAUGGGGGUCAUCGUCGGUGGCUGCCCAAUGGCCAUAGGUUCCGAAAGGAUGGAAAGAAUUUUAAUGCUAAACUUGAAUUUAGAGCAAAGCCUAACCCAUUGUCUGGAGUUGAUUUGUUGAGACAAAUAGAAUCUGAAGGUAUUGUCACUGAAUACAAAAGGGAGGAUCUCCUAACAAGGAAAAGAAAACUAGCAGCUGUAGAAGUAGAUGCUCAUGGAAAAAAAAAACGAAAACCACAUAAUUGGAAGAAAAAAAGUAUCUUCUUUGAGUUGCCUUAUUGGAAGCACAAUUUGAUACGUCACAAUCUUGAUGUGAUGCAUAUAGAGAAGAAUGUUUGUGACAAUGUAUUGUGGACCAUAUUAGGAGAUGCAAAAAGUAAGGACAACUUGAAUUCUAGACGGGAUCUGCAAGAAAUGAACAUUAAAAAUCAUUUGCAUUUGAAGAUUGAUGAAUCUGGUAAACCCAAGGCACCUGAUGCAGAGUUUGAGAUGAAAAACAAUGGCAAAGACUUAUUUCUAAAUGUAAUUCAUGAAUAUAGAGCACCAGAUGGGCAUGCCUCUAACAUUUCGCGACGUGUGCGUUUGCAAGAUAGGACCAUGGGAGGUUUAAAGAGCCAUGAUUGUCACAUUCUUGUUCAAGAGUUGAUCCCAUUAGCUAUAAGAAAAUCCUUGCCCAAAAAUGUGGUUGAAGUAUUGAUUGAUUUGGGCAAUUUUUUUAAGCAAUUGUGCUAA